AUGACCUACCAACAAGCGGAGACAUCCAGCGCUGGGCCAGCAGCAAAGAAGCCGACCCAUCAGGACGGCGCUGCCAGCGGUGCGAAGAAAACCAAGACGGCACCUGCUACCACAACACCGAGUGGACAACUCAAGUCGCCGCGAAAAUCCAGGUCAUUUGCCUUCCCGCUGCGAGCGUUGACCCGAAAGGGACCGCCGGGAGGAUUCGAUGAUACACCCCUUCCCGAUGCGCCGCAAGCGUAUACGGUGCGCUUCACAUUUGAGUACGCAAAGAACCUUCCGCCCUCCGACUUUAGGACCGCCUCGUCGGAUCCGUUUCUCACGGCGACUCUGCGUGGAACUCAGCCCAAACGGCAUAAGGAGGACCCGGAUCUGGUAUAUCGUACCCGCACUCUCAGGAGAACGACUGAGCCCGAAUGGAAGAGCGAAUGGACCGUCGCCAACGUGCCGCCUGGGGGCUUUUCAUUGAAAUGUCGGAUGUAUGAUGAGGAUUACCCUGAUCGAAACGACCGUCUGGGCAACGUUACGGUCAAAGUUUCCCGGGUGUUUGAUCAGUGGGAGGGCAUGCCACCGCCUGGACGAGAGUUCAAUGCCAAGAAGAGGAUGAUCAGCAAGCGAGCCUUCAUCCUCAAAACCAUUUCUGGGAUUAAGCAUCACAGUUUCGACAUGACACCCAGGCUCUGCAUUAGUAUGGAAGUACUGGGCGCCUCUGACCCGCCAUAUGCGCAAAUGUGUACUAUUGGGCCAUCGUUCUACUUCAAACACUUCAGUCCGAUGAUUGGGCGGCUUAUCACGGGCACAAAGGUCAACAGGGACUCAAGCGAUGAGCCCGAAGGACAGACUCGUGGGGAGCGAAAAAGAUCGACCCAGAAGUACGACUUCCAAGCCAAUGAGAUGCAGUUGCGAGGACCGGUGCCGUCGCGAUUAUACCAUCGCUACGUCGAGUUUAAGCCCAUCAUUUCCUACAUGUUCAACUCAAAAGGCCUUCGUGGCAAGGUCCUUAACGCAGCACUGCAUAAACAGCACCAUCGUGUCUACAAUUUUGACAAAUCCACGCAGUACGACUCGUUCGAGUCGUGUACGGAAGAAGCGUCCCUGACCUUCCUGAGGCUAGCUCACUUUGAUGAAGGAGGUCGCAUAUUCACUUACGUCCUCACGCUGGACGGACUAUUGCGAUUCACCGAAACCGGCAAAGAAUUCGGCAUCGACCUGCUCAGCAAGCACACCAUGCACUCGGAUGUCGCAACGUACAUUGCCUGCUCCGGCGAGUUUCUUAUCAGGCGUACGAAGCACCCCCAUGCUUCUGACGAUCCCCAGCCCGAUGAGAAGACUCACCCGGAGGAGCCGAUCCCUGGCGGACCACCCGAGAGCCCACCGCCUGGGAACCCGGCGUACUACCAGCUCAUCAUCGACAACGAUUCGGGGACCUACCGUCCGGACAAACGCAUCCUGCCUCUUCUGAAAGACUUUCUCGAGAAAAAUUUCCCCGGCAUGGGUAUCGUGGUCAUGGACUGCGGUGAUGAGCGCCUCAAGAAGCUCAAGGAGAAGCAGACCGCCAUCAAGAAGUCAGAAGGCAGAAUUAUGAAUGUCGUCAUGAACAAUUCCCAGAGCAGCAUUAGCUCGGCCGAGAGCGACCUCGAUGACCGCGACGGAACAUGGCAGCAGGGACAGCCUAGUAAGCGCGAGGCGGCCUAUGCCACACUGGAGGAUCCCGCCAAGUUGAAGGCGGCCGUGCAGAGGAUGGUUCCUGGUGGCGGCAGGAAGAAGGGUGAGUCGAGCCAGGGCCCGCAGCCUGACGUUUGA